CGGAAAAAUAGAGGUAUAAAUGUUCAAUAUACAUAAAUACAAGGUGGAAAUCUCAACAUAAACAUAACGUCAGCAUUGGGCCCACAAAAGCCUAUAAAUAGUAACACAUCCCACUUUUUCCGAACCUUUUCGCGCCUCCUCACGACUCUUGCACGACCCACGGCCCGAUUCAACUCCGUACAUAAACCCUAGUCGGUUCAAAAAAAAAUUAAUCCUCAAUCGUUUUCGUUGAUUUCUCUCGCAAAAAAUGCCGAUUAAGCGUUCUCGCACUUCAAGAUCCUGUGCGCAUUUGGAAAAUGAAGAUACCGGUGCUAAUGUUCAGAUACGGCAGGCGGAGCAGUCGUCUUCCGCCGCUGGAGCUCGGAAUAAGAUGGCAAGAACAUCAAUGUCAGAGGAUGAAGUAGCGAAUCCACCAAAUCAGCUGCGAGAAGUGGCUUUUACAGUUGAAUCACUGCCACCGUCACCUCAACGUCAACCACCGCCACUUCAGACCCAGCUCACGGAGGGAGGCGUAUUUUCACUACACAUAAAUCCGAGGCUUCCACCGGCAUUACUCGAUGUAUGUAACUUUUGUAAGAGAAGGAUUGGACCAGAGGAAGAUCGGUACAUGAACGGAGGAUUGGAAGCAUACUGUUCUCCUGCAUGUCGUGCAAAAUUCAACAACUUGAUGAUAGCAGCAGGGAAACGAUCUCCUGAUGAAGAACCUUCUAUGAAUCGCCUUCAAUGGAAUAAGAAGAAGUGAAAGAUUAUAUGAAUAUGUAUAUACAUAAAUUAAACAAUUAAGUAGAGUAAGGUUCUAUGAAUAUAAGAUAAUAAUUAAAGAAUACCGCAAGAAAAUGGUUCUUUUGAUCGACUUUAAAAUGUUUCUAUUUGCAAAUGUUGUUUUUUCUUUUUUUAAAUUUGAAAUGGUUAUUAAAUUAUUUUAUUUUUAUAUUUUUAUAUUUAUUUUAAUACGGCAUUCAUAACUAUUUAAUAGGAAGGGGCCUACCUAACCCCGAACCACCCCUUGUGACGACAAAACUCUAUGUUAUACCUUCCUUCAUUUUUCGCCACUAUAUGUCAUAUUUGUGUCAAAACUCUAUGUUAUACCCCAACCCCGAACCACCCCUUACUAAUUAUUCAAACCAUUUUAUACCUACUUUUCACUUUUUGUACAAGUCAUUGUAGCAAGAUGUACACCAGGGAAGAAGGGAAGGGUAGAGGGAGAGAAAAGAGACAACUCACAAAAGAGAAAGGGAAGAUGAGAAAGAAAGAGAGAAAAUGAUGUCAACAUCACAUCGAAGGGAGAGGAGCGUGGCGGCGACCCUAGGCGGCACAAUAUUCCCAUCGGCCAUGUCAGUACCUCGUUCCCCGUCAAGAAGAGUAUAACACAUAGCCUAAAUUGCAACACCAUCCCCAUCCCCUCCCUUCGUUUUCUCCAACAAGAAGUACCACUGCGUUGUCAAUGAAAACUCAAGCAAAAUCAAACAAAAAUUACACCAUAACUUUAAACAAAAAAUUAAAAAAAAAAUCAAGAAACUUCAAAGAACAACUAAACCAUUUUUAACACAAAUUUAGUUAUGAACUUUUGUAUAAUCUAUAUUCCCUCUCUAAAGAUUCAUAUUGGUUUUGGCUCUAAACUUUUAUACAAGCUCUAAACUCUCUUAAAAAGAUGCCUAUUGGCUCUGGUUGUGGCUAUGAAUUCAGUAUCAUGGUUACUUGAAUUAGGUCAAAAGUGAUUAAAGAAUAAAGCGGUAAUGUAUAUAAUUAUUAAAGAAUCUAAGAAUUUUGGCAAGAU